AUGCACGCUCCACCGCCUCCGACUCCUGCAGGCAUACUCCCGGCGUAUUCGGGCGCCCCUCCUACACAUCUCCCGCCCCCGACGUCUUCAGGGGCGCCCCUUCCACCAGUCUCGCUGACAUCAUCCGCCUCCGACGACCAGGCCCGUAUCACGGCACUCGAGGGCACGGUCAACCAAAUGGCCACCAACAUGGUAGAGCUGCUCGCCCUGUUUAGAGGACCGAACCGUGCAUCCUCCAGCUCCACACCUCCAUUAGGACAAGGGCCAAUAGUCGACCCGACUCCUCGGGUUCCGCCGACUCAAGCCCCGGAGAACAUGGAUGCACCCGCACCACCAACACUGCAUGCGUCCAUGGCUCACCCUUUCACCAGCCCAUAUCCGCCGCCACCGGCUCCCACGGCCGUCACUCUUCCACCGACGACAUUCCUGUCCUCGGAGCAGGCCCUGUCCGCACCUCUUCCUAUCUCUAUACCGGUCCCAGCCGCGGCCUAUACAACGCCUCCACCGAUGGUCUUCCUGGCAUCAAGCGCACCUGCUCCGACUCACCCUCAAGCUGCGGAACUUCCUCCGUACUCGUCUCUACAACCCCACGUCGGCCUCUCUUACCAGGCACCGCCCCCCAUAAACACUACCUUCCAUGAACCAGGCACGUCGACUCACGCGGCCCAGUUCGCCUCACCAAUGCACUUCUUCCCCGACUCUGACGUCGAACAAGAACGUAGAUUGAAGCGAAUGGAGGAGACGAUACGAGCCCUACAGGCGAGUGAUGCCCGCCCCGAUGCGCGCUACGACGACUGUAGCCUAUUCCUGGGAUGUGGCUCCCCCCGAAGUUCAAGAUCCCAGAGUUCAAAACCUACGAGGGCACGACGGAUCCACGCCACCACCUCCGCCAUUACAGGGGAAAGAUGCUACAAUAUUAGGAGUACGAAGAGUUUGUCAUCCACUCCUUCCAAGACAGCCUGUUGGGAUCCGCUCUCGAUUGGUUCAUGUCGCUGA